GACCUCCCUCCCCUCUGACGCCUAUCGCGAGCGGAGGAGGAAUCUCUGCGGAGCGAACGAGCCCGUCUUCGGGAGGCGAAGGGCCGCUGGUCGGGAAGGAAGAGCUUCGCCUUUUCUUGAAUUGUCUUCCUCGCUUCUUCCUCCGCGGGCCAGGAUGAAUUACGACAGGAGUGACAUCGUCUUCGUCAUCGAGAAGAGCGUCAGCCUCAAGAGAUACUUGCCGGAGCUCAUCGAAGGAUACAUUAGUCCCAUUAUAUCGUUCUUUGGCAACGGUCUCUCAGAGGAGUCGGAUGUUUUUUUCUCACAGAGCAGCUUCGUUCAGUAUGCCUCAGUAUUUUACGGGACAGAAUUAUCCCUGGUUGGGUCAUGGGGCCAAGUGGAGUCAUUUGGGCCCACGUGCUCCGAGCGGGAUAUCCUGAAUGCCAUAAAAAAUGCUCGUUAUAAUUGCAAAAACUUGACAAGACAAGCUUUCAUCCUGGAGGGGCUGCAGGGUGCCCUGAAUUUAUUUGAUACCAUGAAACAGCAUUACCCAUCCGGAGAAAAUGUUCAGAGAUGCUGCAUUCUCAUAACACAGAGCAUACCAAUGACUAAUCCUUGGUCGCCAACAAGCCCAGAAAAGGUUAUCCGUGAAUUGAAAAGAUGUGGUGUCCAAUUGUCAGUUAUAUCAGUGCACAAAUUGGUAGAGUUGUAUCGUCUGUUUGAUGCAGCGGGAGGAGACCACCAGGCCUGCAUGGCGAAGAAUUAUGCAAGCAAACCACAACACCUUGUCCUUCUCAAAGACAUUAUUCUGCAGGAGAGAGCGCUGAGCCCCUCGCUCAUACCUUACACCCCAGUGACAUCAGUGGCCACGCCCCCUGCCCCCCAUGUGUCACAGCCGCCCACGGGCCCAGGACCUUCUCCAAACACCCUUCCUACGGGCCCUGCUACACCCUCUCCGGGGCCAGUCAACGGGGGCUCGCCGGCUCCCACGCAGGUCCAAACGCAAGGAAUGCCGCGUCCGCCCCCAGCUGGAAUGGUCGUCAAUCCAAUAACAAGUACCCAGCAAGGCAAUCUUUCAACUCAGCAACCAUCAAUCAUAGCACACAACGUCCAGGCUCGGGUCCCGGUUGGCAUUGGGCCGAACAGACCACGUUGGUUGCCAGAUCCAAAUGCUGCUCCUGGGAACACUCAUGGUGGUGCUUGGUCCGUAGGGGCAGCCCAGCGGCCUCCCAUGCAGCCGGUCAUAAUGACAAAGACUCAGCAACCUUUACAAAACCAGGAUGUGAAUCAGCCAAUACCUGUGCCAAUGCCUCAGCCGCCUAACCAGGUGGGACAAGGGACAGGGAUGAACAUGCCAAAUCAGCGACAGGUAGUGUGGCAGGGCAUAUUGGAGUGGCAGGAGAAGAAGGGUGACAACAACACCCGAGUGGCCCACCAAGUGACGUGCAAAAUGACAUCGCAGGUGGUUAACGGAGAGCCAGAAGUAAAAACUGAGGGUUGGUCAACUAAACUCAUAAUGCAGAUGAUACCAAAAAACAUCCUCGGCUCCAUCGGAAACACUUUCUUCAAGAAUGUGAAGACGGUCAUGUUCUUGCCAGAUCAGAGUCCUGCACUGGAUGCUCUAACUAACUUCUUGUUCAGAGGGAUGGCUGGCUGCGUACACGUGUCAAACCCAUCUCCAUCACAAAACGAGGUCAAAGUGAUCAUCCUGCUGUUUUCAUGCGAGAAGAAGGCCUACGUCGGCUUCAUUCCAGUUGAUCAAGUCUCCUUUGUGAAUAAAAUCAGGAGUGUUAUUCAGGGUGCACGAAAAGGACAGAUCCCAGGCAAUAUCAUGGCGCCCGUGACUGGGCCCAAUGUGUCUGGUGGUGGACCGGUAAUGGUUGUCCAGAAUAGCCCGGGGAUGAAUCAGCUGCCGACCAGUUCAGGCUCGAGCAUGAACGUCAUGUCUACGCAGAGCAUGAUCAUCCAGCAGAACCCGCAGCUCACACAGGCUCUCAGUCAGCCUAUUAGUCAAGGUGGGAAUGCCAUGAUGGGUGGAGGCCAGAUGUCACAGAUGCCAAAUGGCAAUGUGUCUCAGGGCUUAGGCCAGCCAGGGCCGGGGGGGCCAGGGGGGCCAGGAGGGCCGGUUAAUGUUCAGAUGGCAACGGGUCAGUCAGUCUUGGCCACGCAACUCACCACAAGGCCAACACUCAAUAUACAACAGCAGCAGCAACAACAGCAACAGCAGCAACAACAACAACAACAACAGCAACAACAGCAGCUGAUGGAAAAGAAAGAAACUCGGCAUACUGAGUACUCCAGAGACUGGGAUAAGUUGCCAGUUUCUUUAUUUCUAGAGAUUGGAUGCAUUGUAGUCACUUCUG